AUGGGUGAAGAGGAAGAAAAGAGACUGCGAGAGCUCGAGAGUCAGAACUCGAGCAACAAUCACAAGCCAGAUGAAAAAGUAUCAGCGAUAGAAGCUGAGAAUGGCUCUGCAAAUGCAAAGAGUAUAACACAAAACAGUACUCAGGAUCAUGAAAACGGCGAAACUGAUGAGUCUCAGGUAGCGACGAAUAAAAGCCAUCAUGCCCGUGAUCAUCACAAAGUGGGACUGCUUGGCAAUGUAAAGUCCAAUUCGUUAGCGCUGCAUACUUUAAGACCCAGCUAUAGUCUGGAAGGCAGCCAGACGUCACAGUUUAAUCCUGUGAAAUCAAACUUGGUAGCGUAUGGCACUGUUGAGGGUGCUCGAAUUCUAUCAUAUAAAGAGAAGAGCCGGUCUCCACAGACUGUGGAUGCAGACAAAGAUGUGGAAAUGAAAGAUAUAGAUUCUACUUCUGCUGUGGCUGUGGCUGUAACUGAUGCGUCAAAUUCGAAAGCAACAUCCAAUACUGACUCGAAAAUUGAUGACUCGAAUGCAAUUUCUACCAACAAACCAACUGACGAAACGUCUAAAAAGGACAACAGCGAAGCCAAUUCCAACUCAAAUACUAACAGCUCUUUAAUAACUGAGACGAUUGUUCUCACGCAUGCACCGAAUGAAGACAAGGAAAUCACUGCUUUGACAUGGAGUCCCAAUGGAACGAUUCUGGCUACAGGGUCGUUUGACGGAAAGAUCCGGAUCUGGACAAGUGAAGGUAAACUACGAAGUCUAUUAGCACUACACCGAGCACCUAUAUUAGCAAUAAGAUUCAACCCAGGGGGAAGACUCUUGGGGUCUGUAGACUGUACCGGUACAGUAAUAGUAUGGGAAGUGUCGAAUGGAGAAAUCAGAGAGUUCCAUGGCGAGAAGGAUCUGGCAAACUCGCUCACCAACCACCAACCAGUUGCACAAUCUGAAACUUCGAUAACUAGUUCUAAUUUACAAACUCAACAACCACAUUCUCAGACCCAGUCUCCCACCCAUCAGUAUCCAUCCCAGUCACCAUCACUAUCUAGCCAUGGUCAAGAUGCUAGUAAAUUCACUGCCAACAAUGUCGAAACCGAAACAGAAUCAGACCAACCGAACGGAGGAGACCUUACCUGGAUCGAUGAUACCACAUAUGUCACAACUGGUCAAAGUCAAAGUAUUCUCGUUUAUAAACUCGGUGAACAACAGCCACUUCUACGACUCAGUGCACAUACCCAAUCGAUAAACUCGCUACAGUUCGAACCAUCAACCAAACUGCUUGCAUCUGCUUCUGACGAUUAUACAGUACGGAUCUGGCAUGGCAUAUCGCCUGUAUCGAUAAUGACGCUUGCAGGUCAUACUGCUCCAGUCAUCGAUAUCAAAUGGCUGUCUGGAUCAGCACUUGAGCACAGUUCACUUCCUCUGCUGAUAUCCUCGUCCAUUGAUUCGACAAUUCGUAUAUGGGAUAUUGCCAAAGGCACCUGCAUCUCACUUCUCAAGCUGCACGAUUCGCCGUUAUUUACGACUGAACUGAGUCCUAACAACCGAUACAUCGCGUCUGGAAGCGCCGGAGGCGAGCUGGUAGUCUGGGAUAUCCAAGAAGUGCUAAAAUACGAUGCCAACAGCCACCAAACAGAUUCCAUUGUCUGUCGACCCAUCGGACGUCACAAGCUUGACCAGUCUCCCUCCGACCCAGUCCCAACGGACACAACCGUCAGCUCCCUCAGCUGGAGCCCCGCCUCCGACGGCCUCUUCGUGGGCUACACCACCGUCUCCGAGAUCAUCCCCUUCUCGCUAAUUAUUUAA